GAGCCGCUUUUCCUGCAUUGGAAGGUGAGACAUUCAUUCUCAAUUUCUCAUCUUGCUCGCUCGCUCGAUCGCUCGCUGUGCUCCUUUGUCUCCCCCUCCGAACUAGUCAAGUGGUCAAGCACGCUUCUUUCCAGGCUAAGAAGAAAAAAAGUUUUGAGAUGGUCUUGCCUAGAUUUGUCCGUCCUAAGGAAGGAGAUGGAGAGUCAAGUCCAAAUCUUUUUGUGGCAAACUGUGGCCCUGCAGUGGGACUUUCAUAUGACACCAUUGCAUCUGUGUUUAGCUCCUUUGGGGAGGUCAUAGGAGUGUAUGCAGCUGAUGAGAGUGGUGCUCGUGUUAUCAUUUCUUUUCUUGAAUCAACCUCUGCCCAUUCCGCUUUCAAAGCCUUGAAUGGGCAGCCUUGUCCUCCCCUUGGAGGCCGCUCUUUGCAUAUCCGUCAUUCCAUAUUGCAACCACCAUCUUCCAGGGUCAAUGACUCUGUUCCAGUCUCAUUAAUCGCCUCAGAUUUAAACAUUCCAGGACUUUACUUGUUCCAUGACUUCAUCAGUGCUAAGGAAGAAGAGGAAUUGCUUCAAGCAGUUGAUAAUAGACCUUGGAAAAGCCUUUCGAAAAGGAGAGUUCAACACUAUGGAUAUGAAUUUUGUUAUGACAAAAGGAAUGUUGAUCCAAAACAGCAUUUGGGUGCACUUCCAUCAUUUGUUUCUUUCAUACUCAAGAGGGUUUCAUCAUUUCCAAACAUUAAUGAUCCUGCAGAUUUGGAUUUGGAUCAAUUGACGGUUAAUGAAUACCCACCUGGGGUGGGGUUGUCCCCACACAUAGACACUCACUCGGCAUUCAAAGGAUUAAUUUUCAGCCUUUCAUUAGCGGGGCCUUGUGUUAUGGAGUUCAGAAGAUAUACAGCAGGUUCGUGGGCCUUAAAAACUGAGGUUAAAGUUGAAAACCCUGACAGUUGCACAGAGCUUUCUAGGAAGGCUAUCUACCUUCCUCCUCGAUCUAUGCUCCUUCUCUCAGGGGAGGCACGAUAUGCUUGGCAUCAUUACAUUCCACACCAUAAGAUUGACAAGGUGAAGGAAACUGCGAUCAGAAGGGGUUCAAGAAGAGUAUCAUUCACAUUUCGUAAGGUAAGAACAGGUCCUUGCCAAUGCGAAUUUCCACAAUAUUGUGACUCUCAAGGAUAAGAGGCUGGAUUCUUUGUGAAUCAAAGUUACAGCUUACAAUUGACAACCUCGUGACAAGGAUUAGAACUCUUAUGUAGGAUCAAUACUCUAGGAUUAGGACACCAUAGGAUAUAUGCAUAGAUUCUUUUCCAUUCUUUCAUUUAGCUGGUAAUUCUGUGAAUUAGUGCUGGUUUGCACAUUCUGCUCAAAGUUUCUACUGAGCACGAUGCCAAUUGAAAGUCAGUUAAAUGUAAUUUGUGUUACCCCCUGUGUUAACUCGUUAAGAUUGAUGGAAAAAUUAUUAACGAAAUCACCUGGCACAGAAUGAUUAUUAUAA